GCCCACCAGACUCAGAGACGGAACCAGAGACGGGCCAGAGCAUCCCCCUCCUCCACCAUGAAACUCGCUGUCGCCCUCACCCUGCUCACACUGGCUCUCUGCUGCAGCUCUGCUUCCGCAGAGAUCUGCCCAAGCUUUCUGCGUGUCAUCGAAACCCUCUUCAUGGACACACCCUCCAGUUAUGAGGCUGCCAUGGAACUUUUCAGCCCUGAUCAAGACAUGAGGGAGGCAGGGGCUCAGCUGAAGAAGCUGGUGGACACCCUCCCCCAAAAGGCCAGAGAAAGCAUCAUUAAGCUCAUGGAAAAAAUAGUCCAAAGCUCACUGUGUAAUUAGGAUUUAGAAGCGGAAGAUCCCCAGCUGCUCCAGCCUCUGCUGCUGCCACGUUUGAGUCCAUGCCCACCAGCCUUGCUCUCUUCAAUAAACCACAAGCAUCUCA